CCUGCCAAGGCUGGCAAAAAGGAGACCAGACAGGAGGUGGCUAUAGAGACAUCAUGAACUUCAACUUAUCUUAGCUUUGGUACUUUCUUCCCUGAAGACGGAGUGCAGAACUCUGAAUUCCAGAAUCAUUUCAGUCGUAUUGGGGACCAGUCACUUGAUUCUAUUCUUAUCUCUCUGACAGACGACACUACGUCCUCCUCUGAAGACUGCAGCUAAACUGGGCUUUCAACAUCAACAUGAAGUUUAUCCUCCUUUGGGCUCUCUUGAAUCUGACUGUUGCUUUGGCCUUUAAUCCAGAUUACACAGUCAGUUCCACUCCUCCCUACUUGGUCUACUUGAAAUCUGACUACUUGCCCUGCGCUGGAGUCCUGAUCCACCCACUUUGGGUGAUCACAGCUGCACACUGCAAUUUACCAAAGCUUCGGGUGAUACUGGGGGUUACAAUCCCAGCAGACUCCAAUGAAAACCAUCUGCAAGUGAUUGGCUAUGAGAAGAUGAUUCAUCACCCACGCUUCUCAAUCACGUCUAUCGAUCAUGACCUCAUGCUCAUCAAGCUGAAAACAGAGGCUGAACUCAACGACUAUGUGAAACUAGCCAACCUGCCCUACCAAACUAUCUCUGAGAAUACCAUGUGCUCUGUCUCCACCUGGAGCUACAACGUGUGUGAUAUCUACAAGGAACCUGAUUCACUGCAAACUGUGAACAUCUCUGUAAUCUCCAAGCCUCAGUGCCGCGAUGCCUAUCAAACCUACAACAUCAGGGAAAAUAUGCUGUGUGUGGGCAUCGUGCCAGGAAGGAGGCAGCCCUGCAAGGAAGUUUCUGCUGCCCCGGCAAUCUGCAAUGGGAUGCUUCAAGGAAUCCUGUCUUUUGCGGAUGGAUGUGUUUUGAGAGCCGAUGUUGGCAUCUAUGCCAAAAUUUUUUACUAUGUACCCUGGAUUGAAAAUGUAAUCCAAAAUAACUGAGCUCCUGCGGCAGUUGUGGACCAUGUGACACGGCUUGUCUCCAUCGUUCAGCUUUAGAACUGAAUAUAAAUUAAUUCCUUACAUUGCCCCAUGCAUACCUGUCUCACUUCUGCUAAACAGAAUGGGUGCUUGAGCAGUUUUACUUGUACAUAUCUUCACUGUGAUUAUUCCUAACAACCCUUCUUGCCUUCUAGAUAAGAAUGGAAAACCCCAAAUUCCUUAGAUAACUGAAGUUUAUGAAGUGGGAAUUAUGUUCUCUGUGACGAAUUGGUAACUGACAUAAAAUAAAGACCACUCCACAGC